AUGAGCGAAAUCUUCCUCAAGGCUCAAGCAGAGCUGUCUUCUGACUCGAGUGUUCUCUUCUCUUCUGAGGUCGUCAAGGCCCACCGCCCCAACAAUGACUCGGACGUCAAGCUCGUUGUCCGCACUCCCACCGGUACCAAGCUCAUCAUCGCCAAGAAACUGGCCAUUGCCAUCCCGCCAAAGAAGUCGGUCUUCAGCAAGUACAUCGACGCGGGCUACUACGUCGGUGCCCUCAAGAACUCCGGCUUCCUCGAGAACGCUAGCAUCUCCAACGCCGCCGAGGGCAACACUAAAUACGAUCUUCCGUUCCUGCCGGCGGCGUACAGCUCCUCCGCUUCGAGAAUUCCCGGCGUGCCAUUUACCACCUAUUCCACUCCGGAAACCUCAGAGUCCGAGCCCCUUACCGAUGAAGAGGUGAAGACGGAUAUUAUCAACACCGCCAAGCGCAUCCUGAAGCAAAACCCGGAUCUUUUCGAAAAGACCGAGCCCGAGUUUGUCGCGUUCCACGCCCACUCUCCGGCCAACCGUGAGAUCGUCGUUACAGAGAAGAACUCUCUAGACGAAACUUCCCUCCUGCCAUUGCGUGCCCGCUAUUAA